AUGACAGCAAAUGGGGAGAAUAGUUGCCAAGCAGGUCACCCAGCGGGUGGUGCUUUUUAUCGAGACGACAUCGAUGAUGUUAAUAGUGUUUAUAACCUUGCCCGUGUGGGCGAGAUGGGUGCAAUUUGCAUGCCACAAGUCGACGGAAACGGAAUGUUCGAAGUUACUAGCGCAACACUCCAACUCAUACAUUCAAGAGGUUUAUUUGGAGGGUUAGAGCAUGAAGAUCAACAAGAACAUAUACGAAGCUUUGUGGAAGUGUGCACCCCUUUAUCGUUCAAGAAUCUAUCUCAAGAAUCCAUACGGCUUCGCUUAUUUCCAUUAUCAUUGACCGGGGGAGCUACUAAAUGGUUGGUCGAGCUUCCAAACAACUCCAUCAAAUCAUGGGAAGAGCUGGUUAUGGCCUUUCACGAAAGAUUCUUUGCUCCUUCAAGAAUGAUGAAACUGAGAGAUGACAUUAAGAAUUUCAAGCAAAAUGAGGGUGAACCAAUUCACGAAUCAUGGACAAGGCUCAAGAGAUUUUUGUGUAAGUGCCCAACAUAUGGACUGCCAGGUGAAUUGUUGAUCCAAUACUUUUACCGUAGUUUGGACUCGGUUAAUAAAGGAAUAGCUGAUCAAUUGGUGCAAGGAGGAAUAAUGUUACAAUCAUUUGAAGUAGUCUCAUUCCUCCUAGAUGGCAUGACUAGAGUAAAUCAAGCAUGGUACACAAAAGAUGACCAAGUUUCCUCACUAUGCUUCAGAUUAACGCAAGAACAACUCAAUAAAGAAAGAGAGAGGGACGAAAACAUCAAAAAGAUGUUGUCCCAAAUGAAAGUGAUACAAAAGCACAUGAACCAAGGUUCUUCUUCUGGUUACUUAAGACCGGGGGAGAACCAAGGUUGGAACUCCACAAGAUAUAAGGAGGGUUUCCACCCACACUAUCACCAACGGGGCAGAAAUCAAGGUUUGAAUCAUUAUAGAAGUGAAGAACCAAGGAGAUAUUGCCACGAUUGGGCUGAACAAAAUGACAAUGAGGAAGACCAUACUCAAUUGAGUGAAAGCCAAAAAUCAAAAGGGAGUGCAAGUAGUCCUCGGGUAAAUGAUUUAUUGUCACGCAUACUUGAUAAAGUUGAGGGCUCCGAUGACUUGCUAAAAGGGAUGAGAAAUGACUUUUCUUCAUUAAACAGUAAAGUGAAUUCUCAUGAUGAUGCAAUCAAAACUCUAGAAGGUCAAUUGCGUCUAUUAUCAGCUCAAUUAACAUCCAGGACACUGAUGGAAGAUAAUGAAAGAGGGCUGGUUGUAGUUACCCGAAGAGGAAAGAUGGAAAAAAUGAAUGUGAUGGAGGAUGAGGACCUUCGAGUGCAGGAAGAGAGUCAAGGUAUAGAGGAACGAGAAUUGCCUAUUCCACAAAACCUUGCCAAAGAACCACAAGAGGAUGCAGAACAACAUGUUCAAGUUCCAAAAGUGACGCACCCUUUACCCAAAAUACCUCCACCAUUUCCUCAACGUUUGAAAAUGAAGAAGGAAGAUGAGAAGUUCAAAAAAAAAUUGUCAGUAUUCAAGAACCUAUCAAUUGAUCUUCCUCUGGUGGAAGCAUUGUCGGAAAUGCCGGGAUACGCCAAAUUCAUGAAAGAGUUGGUUACAAGGAAAAGGAGCUUGGACUAUGAAACAAUUGAGGUGCCCCAUAGUUGCAGUGCAAUUAUGACAAAUGAGUCAAUCACAAAGAGAGAAGACCCUGGGGCAUUCAUAAUCCUGUGCACAAUUGGCAAGCUCCAAUUCGCUAAAGCUUUGUGUGAUUUAGGAGAAAGCAUUAACCUGAUGCCUUAUGCUAUAUACAAGCAAGUUGGUUUGGGUGAACCAAAGGCAACCACAAUGAGACUCCUUAUGGCUGAUCGAUCAAUCAAGCACCCAAUGGGGAUACUCUAUGACAUAUUGGUAAAAGUAGAUCGGUUUAUCUUUCUGGCUGAUUUUGUGAUUCUAGAUUGUGAGAUCAAUGCUGAGAUCCCCAUUUUUUUGGGAGGGCCAUUCUUAGCUACCGGGAGAGCAUUAGUGGAUGUCGAAAGCGGGAAAUUGAAGUUUCGUGUGAAUGAUGAUGAGGUGACCUUUAAUAACUGUAAAUCCAUGAAGCAACCAAGUAAUAUCCACGUGGUGUCUACUGAGGAUGUAAUUAGAUGA